ACGGUACCUUUUCGCCACCGUUGGUUGCUAAAAGAAGCCACGCUGAAUCCAAGCCACGCUGUUCUGCUCCAGUCAUUACUUCCCCCAGCAAACAAGUCAAAGACGUUAAUUCAAGAAAAGGUUUCUAACUUUUCAGAAACAGUACAACUGUAUGCAGUGGUCCCAGCAGUGUAAGAACAAUGUCAUCUCUACUUUCUCAAAACAAAGAUGAGCCGUUCAUCAGAAAAUCGCUGUCUGACUCUUGUCCAGCUUCAUCUGCUGCCAACACCAGAAGCCUGAGGCAUGAAAGGCCGUCUAGAUUGGGCUCAUCUGACGUCUCCAAUGACACAUCUACAAACCAUGCAGAGUCCUACUUUUUACAAAGGGAGAGCAGACUGUCUGCAAAGAAGAAGGCAGAAGAAGAGAAGAUGAACAGUGACUAUAAAAAGAUGUAUGAAAAGGCACUGGCAACAAAACAAAGGCUUAAGUCCCGACUAGAGACCAGCAAACAAGACCUGGCUACAGUUCAGAACCAGCUGCAGACUGCGCAGAAGGGAAAACCAGAUGAUUGUACUUCAAAAAUGCUAGAAGCAGAGAAAAAGGAAAGUUGGAGCCUUAAAAAGAGGAUAUCAGAUAUGGAAGAACAAUUAAAGUUGGUUCGGAUCAAGGCCAGUCUUUAUUCACACCAGAAGCAAACCGUAUCAGAAUUUGGUUGGAAGCGCACAGAGACCACCUCAAAAAGUGAAAGCUGAGCUGAAGCUAGAGAACCAGAGGCUGAAGGAUGAGAAUGGGGCUUUAAUCCGUGUCAUUACUAAACUCUCCAAGUAAAACAGGAAGCAGGCGGGGGAGAGAAAGGGGGAACACAUACAAAGCUAUUUUUACAUCCAGUAAAGGAAUAAACUGAUGUCUGAAAGGACUGUGGUUCUGCUGAUGUUCUCUAAACUUUAGGUUUCUUGUACAUUUUUGUUGUGUAAAAUAUUAAUUAAAGGUGUCUACAAAAGG